AUGUUGUCUGAUGGGCGUUACCAGAUGUUACUACAAACAAUCAAAAAGGUUUCACCACCUAUCAUCGACAAGGAGAUUAAUCCCUUUGUGGACAAGUGGGAAGAAGAAGGACAGUUCCCAGCACAUAAAAUAUUUAAAACCCUGGGACAGGCUGGAUUCCUUGGUGUGGAUAAGCCAACAGAAUACGGCGGCAUGGGCUUGGACUUCUCCUAUAGCAUUGCAGUGGCAGAAGAGCUGGGAAAUAUCCGCUGUGGAGGUAUUCCUAUGGCUAUUGGAGUGCAAGCUGGCAUGGCUACUCCUGCUCUUACAAGGUUUGGUUCUGAUGAGUUGAAAAAACAGUUCCUCGUACCAACUAUAGCUGGAGAUUUUGUGGCUUGCUUGGGAAUCAGUGAAGCUGGAGCUGGGUCAGAUGUCGCAAAUAUCAAGACAACAGCUGUGAGGAAAGGCGAUGAAUAUGUCAUAAAUGGUGGUAAGAUGUGGACGACGUCCGGGUGCCAAGCGGACUGGAUGUGCCUGCUGGCAAACACCAGUGAAGGACCUGCCCAUCGAAAUAAAUCUCUCAUAUGUCUGCCAAUGAAUCUACCUGGCAUUCACGUUGCUAAAAAGAUAGACAAACUGGGCAUGAGGUCAUCAGACACAGCUCAGAUCUUUUUUGAAGAUGUAAGGGUCCCCAGCAAAAACCUCAUCGGUGAGGAAGGAAAGGGUUUUACAUAUCAGAUGUUGCAAUUCCAAGAAGAGCGGCUGUGGGGAGUAGCCACUGUCCUGACACCGCUGGAAACUAUAAUACAAGAAACUAUUGACUACACUCGCCAGCGGAAAGUGUUUGACCAGUCUGUCCUGCACAACCAAGCCGUGCACUUCCGCCUGGCCGAGCUGGCAACCGAAGUGGAGCUCCUUCGCUCGCUGCUGUACCGCACCAUUGCUCUCUAUGUGGAAGGGAACGAUGUGACAAAAUUUGCUUCCAUGGCUAAGCUAAAGGCGGGUCGUCUGGCCCGUGAAGUGACCGAUAGCUGUCUCCAGUUCUGGGGAGGAAUGGGAUUCACCAGUGAGGUUCUGGUGAGCAGGUUUUACAGAGACUUGAGAUUAAUGUCAAUAGGAGGUGGUACAGAUGAAACCAUGCUUUCCAUCAUAUGCAAAUACAUGGAAACACUUCCAAGCAAGUGA